AUGGUCAGCUCUGCACACAACCCCAACAAGUCUGAGAUUCCUGACCGCCGCAAGGACACCAGCUCCACGCCGGUCAGCGUCUCGUCCAGUGCCAUGACCCGGAGGAACACAUAUGUGUGCAUGGAGCGGCCCAGCGACCGGCCCAGCGACAGGGCCACCCCACUGCACAAUGGCAAGGAGAACAGCUCGGCGCCGCAUCGCCUGCCCUCCACUUCCCCCUCAUCACACAGCAUUGCUGGGGCCUCUGGUGUGAGCUCGUCGCGCCUCUCUCGGGGGUCCACUGUCCGCAGCACCUUUCAUGGGGGCCAGCUCCGCAGACCCCCGACACAUGCGCCCCCUUCCUCCCCCACACCCUCCCAUGACUCCAGUCUGUCCAGCCACACCCGCUCCAGGGGCACCACCAACCUGCUGAGCAAACUCACCUCCAAGCUGAGCCGCAGGGUCACUCUUGACCCUUCUAAACGUCCAAGCUCAAACAAGUCCAUGUCAGGCUGCAGCCUUCCCCCGGCGACAAAACCAGUUAGGUCACAGACGAACCUGAGAGAAUCAGCAGAUCUCCGCUCCCAAGUCGCCAUGUAUCUGGGCAUCAGAAGGCGAGCGAGCCCCGGACCCCCCGAUGUGGAUGGGAUGGAAGCGGCUCAGGGCUGCGGCUGUCAGGUGCAUGUGGCAGGGCCCUUCCUCCUGUCUUGUACUCAUGGGGCCGCGGGGGCCCGUGUGGCCUUUGAAGCAGAGGUUUGUCAGCUGCCCGGCGGGCCGGGCCACAGCAGCGGGGUGCGCUUCAAGAGACUGUGGGGGGCCCAGCUAGCCUUCAGGGACAUUGCCACCAAAGUUUCCAAGGAGCUGGAGCUCUGA